AUGGCGAUGUUUGCUUCAAUUGGCAAUGUUUGCGACAGACCAAUCCAUUACGGUAGAAGAUCUACAGUGUACAUUUCAAAACACGAGUCAGAAUGUUUUGCCCUCAAAGCUUCGUCUGAAUAUGCUUGGAAGAGGGAGAUGGAGGUCUAUCGUACUCUACAAUCUGUUCCUGGCAACAAAUUCACUCGUAUACAAGAAUUACUCGGCUCUGGCGAACUCCCAGUUUUCUUCAAAAGUCAUAAUACUCUACAUAAAUUCUACAUUAUGACGAGAUAUAAUAAUCUGAGAGAUGUCAAAAUGUGGCUUACAAAUAUACCUGGAUUGUCUGAGGCAAUGAGGUUUAAAGCUGCUCGUGAAACUCUCCUUGCCUUGAAGGAACUUCAUCAACUUGGCUUUGUCUCAAGGGAUGUCAAAUUGGAAAACUUUGGAGUUCACAUAACUAAGGAUCAUCAUCUGAAAUUCUACAUCUACGACUUUGAACUGUCUCAAAAAUACAAGGAUGUUGAAACGGGCAAACCAACUGUUCAAAAAAUACGCGGUUCAAAGGGUGAUGGUACAACAGAAUCUGCCCCUUUGGUUCAAAUGACUGGAUCUAGGCGGACAUUUCCUGUUGACGAUGUUGAAGGAUGGUUUUACUGCUUGUAUCACAUUUUAUGUGACUCGAUUCCGUGGGAUACUAGAUGGCCGCAACCGGAAUUCCGUGGAUCUACUUAUGCGACGCCGUAUUCGGAUAUUCGUUAUACUAAACAACAAAUGCAUAAAACUGGAAGAAUUUAUUGUGCAAAGAAAUAUGAUUGUCUAAUGAGUGCUGUCUUCAAUGUGAUUCUCAAAUGGUCGAAAACGCCAGAAGUGGUAGAGGCGCGUUUCUAUGAUGAGAUAUGCUCAAUUUUGAAGAAAGGAGUGCACAACUGUGGUAAAACUGAAUUGAUGGAUUGCAACAUUCACUGCAUGAAGCAUUAUAAGAAGCAUCAACGUCAUGACGCUUAACAGUUUUAUUAAAAUAUAUAUAUUUCCUAACAUUUAUUUACUAUAUUUAUUUCACAUCCAUUCCUUUACCCCUAUUAUUUCUGUUAUUUUUAGCCCGGUCAAGAAUUUGGAUUCGUCAUAUGUUUCGCAUGAUCUUCAAAAUAAGUUUCUCUGUUGUUAUUCCGUGUGAGCUUUUCUAUUCUCAUUUAGUAUUUUUGUUCUGAAUAAAUAUGUUUAUUUCUGUUAUAAUUUUCAAAGGUGGUCUUAACAAUUUUCUUAGGCUAAGAAUUUUCCUAUCCAAUAAAAAAAUGUUUUAAAAGAACUCCUUAACCUUUUUUGAAUCGACUGAGAUUGGAAGGUAGACGAAAGAUAAAUUAGAAAUCAUCUAAUUUUGGGGUGAAAAAUUCCAAUAUUGAAAGAGAGGAAACCAAAUAUUACGUCGUUGGCAUCUGGUUUUUUGAUUUAUGUAUGUGCGAGGUGUCAGAUAUAAUCUAAAUCGAGAGCACAAGAAUAAGUAUCUAUAAUAGA